AGACGUAAGUCUCUCCUCCACGAAAACUUCUUCUCACCACAUCUUCUCUUUUCUUCAAUUCUUCUCAUUUUCCAAAACCCAGAAAAACAAGACCCCAAAGAUUCUUGCUUUCCAGCAUUUUCUGAAGGUUUCGUUUGAUUUUGGAAUUGGGUGUUGGAGAAUUGCCAUGGCGCCAGCUCUGAUUGAGCCGGCAUUGCCGGAAUCGUCGUCGGCGUCGUCUUCCGGCUCAAACUCCGUUGUGGAGAGAUCUGUGGUGGUUGAGGAUGUUCGGUUCAAGGAGCUGAGAGGCGUGCAAUGGCGCUUGAAUCUUGGGAUUUUGCCACUUUCUUCUUCUGUUGAUGAUCUUCGCCGAGUCACAGCUGAUUGCCGAAGAAGAUAUGCAAGAAUGAGAAGACGGCUUCUGGUUGAUCCACCUAAGGAUGGGAGUAGCUCUCCUGAUCUUGCCAUGGACAAUCCGCUGUCACAGAACCCAGGUAAAGUCUCUGGCUCCUUUGAAGUACACAUUUGUACUUGUUUAGCACUCAUGGUUGCUUUACUGUUUUACAUUAGCACCUGGGGUCGCUUCUUUCGGAAUGCUGAGCUGGAGAAAAUGGUUGAUCAGGACUUAUCACGUUUGUACCCAGAACAUGGGAGCUACUUCCAAACACCAGGAUGCCAAGGCAUGCUGAGAAGAAUCUUGUUAUUGUGGUGUCUUAGACAUCCAGAAUGUGGUUACAGACAAGGAAUGCAUGAACUCUUGGCUCCUCUUCUGUUUGUUCUUCAUGUUGAUGUGGAGGGUCUAUCUCAAGUGCGAAAGCUAUAUGAAGAUCACUUCACUGAUAAAUUUGAUGAUCUUUCAUAUCAUGAAAAUGAUUCAACUUACAAUUUUGAUUUAAAAAACCUUCCAGAUUCCAUGGAAGAUGAGGAUAGCAUGCAGGGAGAUGCAUCAAAAGUUAAGAGUCUUGAUGAGCUUGAUCCCAAGAUACAGACCAUUGUAAUGCUCAGUGAUGCUUAUGGUUCUGAAGGUGAAUUGGGUAUUGUCUUAUCCGAGAAAUUUAUGGAACAUGAUGCGUACUGCAUGUUUGAUGCGUUAAUGAGUGGGGCAAAUGGUUCAGUUUCUAUGGCAGAAUUCUUCUCUCCCUCCCCUGCUGUUGGCUCUCAGACUAGCUUACCUCCUGUCAUUGAAGCAUCUGCUGCAUUGUAUCAUUUGCUGUCUCUUGUUGAUUCCUCUCUACACAGCCACCUCAUUGAGCUUGGUGUGGAACCCCAGUAUUUUGCACUCCGCUGGUUAAGGGUUUUGUUUGGACGUGAAUUUUCACUUGCUAAUCUAUUAAUAAUUUGGGAUGAGAUAUUUAUAUGUGAUAAUCGUAAAUCAGACAAAGGUGGUGGAGAUGAUGCAGGAUCCAGCUUUAGCAUCCUUAGUUCACCUCGUGGAGCAUUUAUUUCAGCCCUGGCAGUUUCCAUGUUACUUCAUUUGAGAUCUUCCCUUCUUGCUACUGAGAAUGCAACUGUAUGUCUUCAACGGUUGUUAAACUUCCCUGAGAAUAUUGAUUUGAAGAAACUCAUACAGAAGGCAACGUCGUUGCAGGCUCUUGCUUUGGAGAACAAUUGCUCCUCCUCAUUUCCUUCAUAUACGGGGCCAUAUGACCGUAGUAAAUCGAAGCAUGUGAGAGGUCACAGUCUUUCCAUCGACUCCGUUUCUCCAAAAACUCCAUUAAGUUUGGUAACUGAAAGCUACUGGGAAGAGAAGUGGAGAGUCAUGCACAGGGAAGAAGAACUUAGGCAAGAUAGUUUGAAGAAACUGGUUCCCAGCCAGAAGAAGCGAUGGACUGAAAAAGUAAAAUUAACCCUAUCUAGAUCAGAAUCCGAUCCAUCUCCAGUAAAGCGUGAGAACGGCAAAAAGACCGCUAGGUUUACUGUUAGACGAAAGUUGCUGGAAGACCUCUCAAAAGUGCUUAGCUCAGAGGAAGAUAUUGAGAAAUUAGGCUCUCAUGAAGACAGAGGCUCUUCAGAAAUUGUGGUUAACAAAGAAGAUGGUGUCAUUAAGGAUCUUACUUCUGCAAAUGAGGACAGAUGUUUGAGUGGAAAUCCAGCGAGUGAAGAGAACUCAUCUGUUUGCUCAUAUCCAGCAAGUCCUCUGAGUGGGGCAAAUGAUGAACCUGAAUCAGAGAAAAGUAGUGUCGGAUCAAAUUUAUCCGUUGAAGAAAAUAAUGAUAAUCCGAAUGAUGAUAAUCCACUGAGUGUAUCAGAAGGCCCACCAUGUCCAGUUUCUGAUCCACCUGAGGGAGUCUCUCAAGCAUCCGAGUGCAGCAAUCACUCAACAGGGAAUUCAGUGACGGGAAAAGAACGAAAGCUUCUUUCUGGUAAAUUCCAGAGGUUUUGGAAGUUGGGAUGGAGUGCAGCUGGUGAAGGCACGUCCGAGAAAGGGGGCAACGCCCUUGACACUUCAAAAUCUCCCAGGAGUGAUGUUGGUCAGAAUGUAGCAAGCUCUUCUAUGGCUGGAGGGUGCAAUUCUGUAGUUAGCAGCAAAGGGGAAACUGUGGACCAGAAUAGGACGGGUACUUUGAGGAAUAUUGGGCAUUCUAUGCUUGAUCAUAUACAGGUAAUUGAGUCUGUUUUCCAGCAAGAUCGAGGUGUUCAACUGGGAUCAAUGGAGAACUGUUCGAAAAAUACUUUAGUUGGCAAAGGACAAGUAACAGCCAUUGCAGCUCUCAAAGAGCUUCGGAAAAUCAGCAAUCUUCUGUCAGAAAUGUGAGGUCCAUUUUGUAACUGUAUUGUUAACUGUAUAUAUAUUUUGUAAUUAAUCCUUUUAGUGCCAAAUAAAUUGAGUUCUAUCCGCCUGUUCUUCUUCUGAUAUCCAAAUUUUGGCAGUGACAGAGGUCUGUAGAUAUGAGUUCUGUAAUAACCUUACAUAUUACACGUAUGAUAAUGCCAGAGUUCUUUCCAGUGGAAUUUGACUCGAGUAGGCUUACAAAUUCGCUUCCCACAUUCUGAGCAUGUAAUGAAACAAUGUAUUAGCAGAGUGAUAGAAAGAAGACCUAAAAGAACAGGAGUUCACAUG